UGGACUUUUGAAGUUGUUUGCGCCAAGAGAUGACCAUGCGUCUUCAGGGGUCUUUGUUAUCUCAACCGCAAAUGAAGAUGCAUCUGACUUAUGUUCUCACUAAUGGCUUUACUGUACUAUGCCUGGAGCUACAAACGGCAAGUGCCAAAGAAAAGUUUGCACCUCUACGACCGGACUGCAAAGUUUUGUUUCUACUUUCAGAACUAAAACUAAAGGCCGGAACCAAGACGCUGUGUUCUUAAGUGGGAAAUGGAUGUUUUUGUCUUGGAAGAAGAAGUUAGGUAACUCUCCAAGUGUCCUCAGCAACAGUCUUCUUUUUUUGAAGUCUCCAGAAAACCAAGACCAUAUUCCAAGGUUGUUUGCAUUUGAACAUGCUGAGAUCAAUGAGGGCAUAAAGAGACUGUUUUUGUUUGCAGGUGAUAUUCUUUUUAACUAAUAGGAAUUUGACGCUCUUGUGGUCAACAAAUGUCUGGAGUACAAAGAAGGCCUGGAUGUUGAUUUUCCUAUCUCUAAGCACGACGUGAAUGGUAACAGGACAGUGCCACCGUUCCCAGAGGGAUUGCAGAUGGUCUUAUUCGGCAUGGGCUGUUUUUGGGGAGCGGAGAGGAAGUUCUGGAGGCAAAAUGGGGUCUAUUCCACUCAAGUGGGCUACUCUGGUGGUUACACGCCGAACCCCACCUAUGAAGAGGUGUGCACAGGUAAAACAGGACACACAGAGGUGGUUCGUGUGGUCUACGAGCCUGAGAAAGUCAACUUUGCGCAGUUGCUCAAGAUAUUUUGGGAAAGCCACGAUCCUACACAAGGAAUGCGACAAGGCAACGAUGUUGGGACGACCUAUCGAUCAGUCAUCUACGCUUACACACAGGAACAGCUUGACCAGGCAGUGCGCUCCAAGAAUGAGUAUCAGAAGGUGCUGACUGAAGAGGGUUUUGGAGCCGUCACCACAGAAAUAGCAAUGACGAAGGACUUUUACUAUGCAGAAGACUAUCACCAGCAGUACCUCAGCAAGAACCCUGAUGGCUACUGUGGACUGGGCGGCACCGGGGUCUCCUGUCCAAUAGGACUGAAGAGUAAAAAUUAGCACGCUUCUCCUGUUCUGCGAUUGAACAAUAUUAACUUGCCUUAACUAAAACAAUCACCGCUGCAAUACCCAGAACUACAUGACACAUUGUUGUAUAUGAAUAAAAACUGUAUAAUUCAA